AUGAACAUCUUGAACCAGCCCAUCAACCCAGGCGGCCACCCGGUGUUCCCGGCGGCCAAGGAGAGCGGGCAUCUCAUGCCGGCGUCGGUGCGCUUCGACGGCGUGCCGGCGCCGCAGCCGAGCACGGCGGCCGCGGGAAGGUCCCACGCGCUCUGCCCGAGGUGGCAGGCGCAGACGCUGCGCCGGGCCAGCAGCUACGUCGGCGCCGAGCACGACGGGACCACCGCGUCCGUCCCGGUCCCGGUCGCGGCCCUGGCGCCGGUCCCGUUCAGGCCGAUCACGCUCGACUUCCUGCGGUCGCUCGUGGACACGAACUGCAGCAUGACCCCCGUCGCCCCGGACGCCGAGGCCAGCGCCCCGCCGCCGCCGCAGAUGGUCGCGCUCCGCGUUGUGGUGACCUCCGCCGUGGAACUGGACGCGCGGCAGACCGAGCUCAUCGCGCGCAAGAUGCGCCGCCUCACCGGGUUCGUCAACCUCAAAGUCGAGAACGUCGUGGACACGUCCCUGAUCGCCGGAUUCGUCGUCUGCUACGGUACCGACGACUCGCACGUCAUCGACCUCAGCGUCAAGGCCCAGCUCGCCGCGCUCAAGAACCGCGUCGACUCCAUCGACCAGACCGUCCACGCCCACGGACACCCACACCACUGCUGA